CGGAAAAGUGUUUCAAAAAAUAAAAUAAAACCCUAGCAAAAGCUUCGAUGCAGGCGUAAAACCCUUGUUCCCACCCCCUGUUUUCAUUCGUAAGAAAAUGGAGGAACCAAAGAUUGGGGAUUGCGAAGAGUGCAAAAAGAAGGCGUCAAAAUACAAGUGCCCAGGUUGCUGCCUCCGCACCUGCAGCCUCCCUUGCGUUAAUGCUCACAAGCAACGCACUGGCUGCACUGGCAAACGCAACAUCACUUCCUUUGUUCCCCUCUCUCGCUUCGACGAUAAUCUUCUCCUCUCCGAUUAUAAUCUGCUGGAGGAAACGAAGAGGGUCGCAGAAUCUGCUACAAGAAUAAGGUCCAAGCUAUUUAACACUACUAAUGGUGGAUAUCAUCCUCAUUUUAAGCUACCACAUCCUCUUCGAAACCUUCGCACUGCUGCUGCCUCUCGCAGAACUAAGCUCUUGUUUCUGCCUUCUGGAAUGUCUAAGAGGGAAACUAAUCAAACUCGAUUUAACCACAGGAAGAAGUAUAUUUCAUGGACUAUUGAAUGGCGGUUUCACUCUACAGAUGUUGUUUUACUUGACCAUGGUAUACAUGAAGAUACAAGCCUCUGUUCAUUAAUUGAAAACCAUCUCCAACCUGGUCCCUGGAAUCAUCCUCUUAGGAAGUUCUGCGAGGAGCAGCUCGACUCCCUCAAGUUUUUUAUCCGAAAAUACCCUAAGGGAUCCAAAUCACCUUUCCGGGAGUUAGACAUAAAGACCCCAUUACGGAAACUAUUAGCUGAUAUGGUUGUUCUAGAGUAUCCUGUGAUUCAUGUGUUUCUUCCUUCGGAACACUGUGAUUUUGAAGUUAUCAGGGAGAAUCAUCUUGUCACUAAUGGGCAAGAGGGAAAAGAUUCUAGCGGUGCUGAUAAUGAAAUACCAAAAGGUGUUACCUUCAAGGAGGAGGAAAUAGAAGACAAUGGUAGCUCUUUAGAACCUCAGGUCUUUGAUCUUAUGAAGCAUGUGCUGUCAAGUCCAAUGCAUCAAAUCCCUUCUCAAAACAAGUCUGAGAAAGCAUUCGGUGGUAACUCAGUUUUGUCUUUGUCGGCAAGAGCCGGGGCAGGAAACAGGGUACAUUCCAGCCCCCAGGCUAAGGACUCUGGAUUAUUUGAUGACAUGGAGUUUGAUUUUGAUCAAGGCUUAAUAGAUGCAUAUUCAGACCUGAUUGCCGAAAUUAAUCCAGAUGACUUUCUUGAUUUAGAAGGUGAAUUUGCUAAGCAACCAGAAACAGAAGAUAGAACAGACCUUUCAAAUUCAAGGGGAGUUUUCUUUGCUGAGGAAUUGGAGGAGGGGGAGAUCCUAGAUUAAUUUAUUAUGGUCAAUCUUUCUGGGGAAGCAGCGAAACAAUGGUUAGAAGAAGAAUUUUCUAAGAGUUGUUGCUCACUACUGAUCAUAAUCUCCACGGACAAUCUGCCCCAGCUUGUCAUAUCUAUAGAGCAAACCCUACAACUCUGUGUCAUACUGAAGUUGUUCAAUUACCUGGUAAUGCACAAGAUCAGGACAAAUACAUGGACAUCUUGUAAAUGCAAUAGCUUAUAUAUAAUUUCAUUCCUGCUGAAAGGUAUCUGGUUGAGAGGGGGAGGUGAAUGUGUUUUUUUUUUUUUGCUUGAUAUUAAAGAGGCCUUGGAUUCUUGUUAUUCUUUUUGGUUAGUUGGGUGUACUCGCGAUUGUUGAGGAAGUUAAAUUGCAUCACAUGCUGGUUUUUGUCUACAAAUUUGGCUGAAUGACCAAAUUGUUAGAAGUACA